CUAGUGGUGCACUUCUGGCCUCUGUUUUGAGUCCGCGCUCAAAGGGGCCAAAGUGCUAGGACUCACAGUUGGGCGGAGCUUGGGUUGGGAGUGAGACAGCAUAGCAGCCCAGGCUGGUCCCUUGAGUGCAGCUCAAAGAAGGGGACGGGGGAGGGCGUCACUGUACAACUGUGGCCGCGUGGGACCUGGGCUUGCUUCUUCUUGGAGGCUGUAAAGCUGCAAGCUUUGCCGUGCACGAACUGGAGCUGGAGAAACAGGCCCCCACUCCAAGGAUGGGAGGAUGACUGAAGUGUCUGCAGAUGGCACUGCCUGGGCACCAGAAGGGGAGAGGUCUCUGAGGAUCCCCAGGGGGAAACUCCUCCUGGGAGUAAAACCACACAACCACUGAGAAGAGCGCUCCGGCAUCCUAGAGAGGACGCGUGUGAGUCUGGGUGCAAGGCCAACGUAGUGACGCACUUCCGUUCACGAACCGCUUUCUGUUUUUCCUGAGGAGAUGGUGACCUUUGAGGAUGUGGCUGUGCACUUCACCAAGACAGAAUGGACUGGCCUUUCUCCUGCCCAGAGGGCCCUGUACAGAAGUGUGAUGUUGGAGAAUUUUGGGAACCUGACUGCUUUGGGGUACCCAGUUCCCAAACCUGCACUGAUCUCACUUUUGGAGGGAGGGGACAUGGAUUGGGGCCUGGAAGCACAGGAUGAUCCCCCAGCAGAGAGGACGAAAAACGUCUGUAAAGAUGUUGAGACCAACAUUGACAGUGAGUCCACAUUAAUCCAGGGAAUUUCUGAAGAAAGAGAUGGGAUGAUGUCACAUGGUCAGCUGAAGAGUGUCCCUCAGAGAACUGACUUCCCAGAAACAUGUAAUGUGGAAAAGCACCAGGACAUCCCCACAGUGAAAAAUAUCCGAGGAAAGGUUCCAAGAAUUCCCUGUGCAAGGAAACCUUUCAUAUGUGAGGAGUGUGGGAAAUCCUUCAGCUACUUUUCUUACUAUGCUAGACACCAGAGAAUCCACACUGGGGAGAAACCCUUUGAGUGUAGCGAAUGUGGAAAAGCCUUUAAUGGCAAUUCUUCGUUAAUUCGGCACCAGAGGAUUCACACUGGAGAGAAACCCUAUCAGUGUAAGGAGUGUGGGCGAGCCUUUAAUGAUAAUGCAAAUCUGAUCAGGCAUCAGAGAAUCCACAGUGGGGACAGACCCUAUUACUGUACAGACUGUGGGAAUAGUUUUACCAGUAGUUCCGAGUUUGUUAUACAUCAGAGAAUCCACACUGGGGAGAAACCCUAUGAGUGUAAUGAGUGUGGCAAAGCUUUUGUUGGUAAUUCACCCCUACUUCGGCAUCAGAAAAUCCACACUGGAGAGAAACCCUAUGAAUGUAAUGAGUGUGGCAAAAGCUUUGGAAGGACUUCCCAUCUAAGCCAACAUCGGCGUAUUCACACGGGGGAAAAGCCUUAUUCUUGUAAAGUAUGUGGACAAGCCUUCAAUUUUCAUACAAAACUAACUCGGCACCAGAGAAUUCACAGUGAGGAGAAACCCUUUGACUGUGUAGAUUGUGGAAAAGCCUUCAGUGCUCAGGAACAAUUAAAAAGGCAUCUGAGAAUUCAUACUCAGGAGUCUUCCUAUGUAUGUGAUGAGUGUGGAAAAGCCUUCACUAGCAAAAGAAAUCUUCAUCAGCAUCAAAGAAUCCAUACUGGAGAGAAACCCUAUGAGUGUAGCAAGUAUGAGAGGGCCUUUGGGACUUCUUCCCAGCUAGGUCACCUUGAGCAUGUCCACUCUGGAGAGAAGCCUGUGCUGGACAUUUGUCGUUUUGGCCUCCCGGAAUUUUUUACCCCCUUUUACUGGUAGUAGUACACUCCAGUGAAAUGUACUGAGUGGAUUCCAUGUUCUGCUCAGGAAUGGAAUGUGUGAUACAGGCCUGACUCAGCCUCUGAUCCAUCCCUCAAGCCACAGUUACUGAUUCAGAUGUCAGUAGAUGACCAAAGAUGGUCCAAUUAGAGUCCCAGGAUUGCAAGAGCUAAUGGGAAGAAAUGCUCUCCCCCCACCCACCCCCAUUGGUUUUAACACUGAGAAGAACUCAUAGACUCUCACAGAGGCGAGAAUGAAGUCCACACAGCAAAAAAUGCAUCUGAGAAUUGGAGAGCAGUCAAAGACUGAAGAUAAUGUUUGAACAGCCACAUUAAACCAUGCCUGAAGCUAAAAAUACAUACAGGUUUUUGAAUUGUAGCAGCCAAUAAAUUCCAUUUUUGUUUGGUUGGUUUUGGCUUUGGCA